AUGCCCAGAGAGUUAGAACAUCGGCUAUCCUCAAGUGCUCUGACUUUGGCAGCAAAGAAUUUGAGAGCUUCGGUCACUGGUGGGUCGAGAUAUUAUAAGGGUUGA